UGAUGAUAGUACUGGUAUGGAUACCAUGCAAAGUUGCGAAUAGUUGCAAAACAUGAAAGCUCGAAACAACAGUUGCUGUCGGAAUACACUACAAGUCACAACAUACGAGGAAUUCCAACCAGGGAAUUGUGUGCCAUUCACUAUAGAAUACACCUGUCAAACCCCACGAAGACGAAUUGAACGUGGAGCAUCAGAGAGAGAAGAAAACGAUACUAUCGUCAAGGGAAGAAGCAACACAGAUUGUCGACAAGAACAACAACAACAACAACAACAUGCCCUGGUAGAGAACGGAACUUCCUACUUCCCAGAUCAUACAACCAGCCACUAUACCCCUCUCGAUCUCCUCCCGAAUAUCCAUCCCAUCCAAUACGGUUUCAGGUUUGUUUGCUCGCUUAGCGGGGAUAUCCACGAUGUACUCCGUACAGUAGUACGUUAUCCAAGUGGGGCCCUCUGGCCAUCAUCAUCCUCGGGAAUCUGGGUCUGGGUCUGGGUCUGGGUCUGGGUCUGGAAACGCCUUUGUCUGUUUUAGUGUAGGUUCUGGGUUUUUGGUGGUCCAGCCCAACUUAGCUUAGCUUAAUCGAUGCACACACACAGAGAGAGUUCGGGUUGGACGAGGAAUUUGACGAUGGCGUCAUGAUGUUUGCCUUUACCCCUCUUUGUUGUGUUAUGUAUAGUGUGAUUACGUGGCGUGGUCUGUGUGUCGGUAUGGAUGUAUAUCGUGUAGAAGUCACACAUCUACAUAGAGAGGGGAAAGGAGAGAUAG